AUCGCCAUAGUUUAGUUUUAUCGACAACAAGGCAACAGGUACGAUGUUUGGUACAGCUCUUUUUAUCAUCGCUGUUGCGAUCUACGGACAAAGUGAUAAUACAGCCAUAGCGGGACCUGUUGGGUUUAAUAAGUUUCUUUGGAAUAAUGGAUUUUUGUGUCCUGACAACUUGACAUCGUUCAAAAUUAUUCAGACCAUACCACUGGCGGAAUGCCUGCUCAAGUGUCAGAAGAAAUCUACGUGUAUUGGCGUCAAGUUCGAGCCUUUCAGGAUACAGUGUACUGGUUGUCGAUGGUAUUUACCAGAUCUCGAGCCGAUCCAAACCCCGGGUCUGGCUCAUUUUAACCGUGACGUGUACAGACUUGUCACUGACAACAUGAACUGGUGGCAAGCAAAAGCGAACUGUGAAAAUCUGGGCGGGAGGUUGGCUGAUAUCAAAUCUAUGGAAGAACAAAGAUUUAUAGAGGACAACUUUCUCCCAUCAACAGUCAACUUGUACUGGGUUGGCGCCAGGGAUAACUCGAGCGGGUUCGCGUGGCUAGACGGCACACCAGUUAGUACAGUGUUUGAGAACUGGUAUCCGGGGCAACCAAACCAAGGUGAAGGUAACGUGGAGUACUGCAUCAUGUUGUACCAACGAACGGCAAACACAGACUACACAUGGGACGAUGCGCCGUGCGACAGUCCGAACUUUGUAAUCGGGAGUGUGUGUGAAUUUGAGUGGUAGUUACGGAAAUUGUACAGUCAAGACUAAGACAUGUGGUCACAAGGGAAAUUUUUUGAACUUUUUAGGCGCAUAACUUGAUAAGUAAUGAAAGAAGAUUAUCACUGACACUUCAUAAACUUCAACUACAAGUCUAUUUUAAAGUUUAAAUUUGAGUUUUCAUUAUAUGAGAAUUU